GACACUGCCACAGGCACACUAGGUCACACACACAGACCGUUGAUUCACACAUAACUUGCUCGCUGUGCUGGACACACACACAGGGCAGGGAUGUCUUCGAGCCUGGAAGACACACAAAGAGCAGGGAUGUCUUCCAGCCCUCGACCUAACAUGGAGUUCCAAGCUCUCCACCAGGCCCAUCAGAACCGCUGUAAGAACACAGAUGYGUCCAUGUGUCGCCACAGCCUGUCCUUCCAUCUGCACCACACCAUGAGGACUGAAUUAUUUGCCAGCUUCCUGUACCUGAUGGAGCAGAUCCCCCUGGGUGGAAAUGGAAAUCCCACUCCUGGAACUCUGCCCAGUCAGGUGCCUUUUAGUGUUUUGGAGAUCAUUCAGCUGCAUGGAGGCAAAUGACAUUAUAAUGAGACAACAGAGCAAUGUUGCAUCAUGGUGUCAUAAAUUCAGCCGUGGCACGUCUUUAGCUGCCAAACGCACUGCCCCCUCUGACCCACAUCCUCUGUAAACGUGUCACUUAAGCCCGGAGAAAUGUCUGUUGAUUCUUUUGGAUUUAAUGAGCUCUUAGAACAUAGGGCAAUAAAAGUUCCCUCUCACUGUAAAGACUCUACUCACGAAAAGCUGCAACACAGAAACAUAUACAUUUGACUGAAACUGGUGAGAAAAAAGCAUACUUCAGUGUCAAAGUUCAUGCAACAACAGCAUGGGCUUGAAUAACAAAAUGUAUAGUAAAAGUGUGUACUUAUUUACAGUGCAUUUCUUGCCAUUGGGCGCAUACAGUACAUACCAGUGGCGGUCGGCGCCAUUUAAAAUGAGGGAGGAUGAUUAUUUUGUUAUGUUUAUGAACAUGGCCUUAUUUAUAUUACAUUACUUGACUAUGGCCAUGUGAAAA